UAAUAAAACGAAUACAUAGCCUUCAUGUAGCUAUAUAUUUAUCAUCUAAUAAAAAUAUUCCUGUUACCAAAGCAUAUAAAAAAAGCUUUAAAAUGACACCGACCUAUUUUUUCCCCUGGUUCAUCUUGUCCCUUCUUACCCUACUUCAGUAUCGCUUCAAGGAUACAAGGAUAAUUGCAUACAAGUGAAUAAAGACUUGUCUUUGAUGUUGCUAGCGAGUUCCGCUGGAACUCCUGGUUUAGCACUAUCGUUGCCAUGGCAACCGACUGCAUCCAAGGACGCAUAAACAAACAGGAUACACUGUUUACUGUAUUAAUUCAUAAAACAAAAGUUUCAGAUAUCAAGCCUUACUUAAAGCCUUGGGUAGGUCAGCAAUUCAAAUCCGAAAUCCAAAAUGAACGAUGCUCAGGAUUUCAUGGACCCGGAGAACAUCACAAACUCCGAGUUUCGACAGCAAAUUAAAAACUGGAUCGAAGAGCAAGGCAUCCACGCGAACUUGCAACUGCAGAUGAAGAAGGAUUUGAUCGACCAAAUCAGCCGAACGGCAAUGGGCCGAAAGAUAAGUCUGAAGAUGCAGACACAUCAAGGAAUCGUUCUGUCACCGUUGGUUCUGGUUCUGAACACGUUGGUCGCAGAGUUCCUGUACGCCCAAAACUGCCAUUUUUCGCUGUCGGUGUUUAGCAACGAAGUUCCGUUUAAAAACACGCUGCCCGAUUUUGGGAAGUCGAAGCACUUUCGGUUGAACCGAAUGGAGCUGAAAGAGAUCUUCGAGGCCCUGGGAGUGGAACACUUCUCAGGGUUGGUGGAAAAGUACGAAGCUAAGAUGAGUAAAGACGGUGGCAAGUCUCUGCUUUACAUAAUAGUGAAGUCAUUGUUGGCAUCGGUUAAGGCAUAUGAUGAAAAGUUCAAGCGCAUAAAGAAGGAAGAAAGCGAGCGCGAGACCACCAAGAACUUGGUCGAUGAACUGGAUAUGGGCAAACUGCACAAAAACGUGGAGAAGUUGCUGCAGAGAAUGAAACUUGUAGGUAGGAGCAUUGAACGAGUCGAGGAACUUCAUCGGGAAGGUAAUAGAGAUGAAGAAGAAUCGACCUCAUUGAAGCUUUGCACGGAAAGCGUAACGAGGAUGGUAAGUCGGUUGGAAGUGUACUCGAAGACACUCGAGGAUCUGAUUGUGAAGCUACAAAUUCAGACGGAGAAAGGGGAAGUGGCCAGCGCAACCAAGGUGGAAGAACCGACCAAACCCGUAGAGUUGAAAGAGCAAAAGAGUUAUACGGAUUUUCUGAAUGAGCUCAAGUCAACCGAACAUGGUCAGAAGUACGUUGCAAAGUUGCAAAAGCAAGUUCUUAAAAUGUUGGAUAAGGAGAAGACACAACUGGAAGCAAAGUACGAGAGGAAGUUCCACGAGGCUGAGUUGGAGUACAAAUCCAAACUUGAAAGGGUGCUAUCUGAACGAAUCAGAGAAAUGUCAGCACCGAGGGAGAUUCAGAGAUCACCAAAACCAGCGCACCAAGCAAGCGAAAGUGAGGAAAGUCUUCAUUUCAUGAAGAAGAUAGACGAGAAACUGAAUCAACUGUAUCAGCACGAACGAAACGUAGACGAGAAAUUAGUGACGUUGAAGAAUGAUCUACAGAAGCACGAGCUGCGUCAGAGUAAAUACUUUCAUUCAUUGAAGGCAGCAGAGACGAAAGAGAAGAAGUUACUGGUGCUGCAGGACGUGGAGCGACAACUGUUGGCAACGUUCGAAGACGAGACACAAGCGAUCAUCCGGAAUGCCAAGGCGACGAUAGAACACCUGGAAGGCGAAAGCGACAAGAUCAACCGCUCGUUUCAGCAGUAUUUGCAGAAACAGCGCGAAGACAAACGGCGCUUGAACGACGAGAAGGUUCAGAUUUGGCAGAAAUACAAUGACGAAAAGCUGGAACUGAAUCAGCGGGAGUUGAUGGGGAUGAACGGACAUGAACCGGAGGAUGUAGUUAUCAAUCAGACUUAUCAUCCCCAUGUGGAAGAGUUCCCGGAGAUGGGAAACUUUGAAAAUCCGUUCAAGAACUUUGAUCCGCAUAAGUACCUGAGACGAUCGAAGAUCUCCAAAACUCCUUUUGAAUCUUUGAAGAACCAGCACGAAGUCGCCGAUGCUGCUGUUAACACCACAACGGAAGCGCAUGAGUCUGCUACGUUGAAACCGCCUACGGUUGAACCCAAGAAACCAACCAGUCCCAACUUAGACCUCUUGGAAAGUGCCCGUUUGGAUCACGAAGCCCCAAAGACAACUCCAGUGGAUCAAUCAAGCAUCCCUAAGCCGAAAUUAGUGGAUUCGCAUAUUCCACGCUUUAUAUUACCGCAAAAGCUGCCAACCGAUUCGAAACUAAGCGACCUUCUAGCCAAAGACACCCUAAACCUGAAGCGAAGUAUUGAGGAGAACCUGCAAAAGCUCGAUCAGAUGAGUAAAACCUACACUAAAUCGACGUCCUCCAGCGAGCAGGACAAACAGCGAACCGGUACGUACAACGUGAAACCAACGAUCGAGCAGGGCCAAACUGAAGGAGCUCCAAAAAGUUUGGACGACCUCUCAAGUGGAGCGGAACUGGGCCUAUCGGAUGGGGAGUUGAGCGAGGGAUGUUUGAGCAAACGAGACGAACCGGUGAAUUUGGACAGCACUAAGGAGCUGCUAGAGUACACGAGAAGAAACUUUCCCAUUGGGGAAACGAAAAAGGACUUGGCGGCCAACUUGGAAUCGGAGGUUUCGCUGAGCGAUUUGAAUGUCAGUGGGGACAGUCAAUCGAAUGAUGGGCAAGCGAUAGCGCGAGACGAUAGCGUGAAUGACAUCCUCGAAGAUAUUUCCACCGGAAAGCGGUCUUUGUCUGACAGCAGUUGGAAUUAGAUCUAGUUGUAAGGAUAUCGGAUACAAUAAAAUUUAUACAAUA